AUGCAGGCAGAUGAGUCUGCGAAACCCGACGACAAAGGCCAGACGUUCGGUUUGGAGAAUGAGUACAUCAUUGGGAGAGUGAUCAGCCACGGCGGCUUUGGAGUGGUGAAAGAAGUUCAAAAUACUCAAGCUCACAACAAAGGCACUGCCAAGGCGGUCAAAAUCGUUCGCAAGACAGUUCCAGGCGCGAAAGAUGUUGACAAUGAGAAGAUCCAGUUAGAGGUCGAACAUGAGGUGUCCGUGUGGCGCCACCUCAAACAUCGCCACAUUCUCAGUUUGCACGCCGUGUACGAGACGGAUUUUGCGACCUUUUGCGUCAUGGACCUGAAUGUCGGCGGCACUCUUUUUGACGCGGUGCGCAGAUCGCGAUCGGCUGCUGAUGUCAACGAUGGCCGCAAAGGAUUGCCGCCACACCUGAGCCAAAGCUACGCCUUUCAGCUUGCAUGCGCGCUCCGAUACCUCCACGAAGACAUCCGCGUCUGCCACCGAGACGUGAAACUUGAAAACUGCCUCAUCGACAUGACGGGUCCAGAUGUGGAAACCACUGGUGGACUGCUGCGACUUUGUGAUUUCGGGCUUGCCGAUUUUCUACACAGCUCGCAGAGCAUGACCUCCUCUAUGACCUUGAGCAACACUAUGAAAUACGCGUCCCCGCGCGGACUUGUUGCGCAUCGCAAGCUCUACGAGACUGCCGGAGACAUCUGGGCCUUUGGAGUCGUGGUCUAUGCUCUCUGUGUUGGCGAGCUACCUUUCCGCCAUCCGAUCCCGAGCAAAGUCGCUGGACUGAUCCUUCGCGCAGAAUGGGACGAUUCUGCAUUGAGACAGGCUGCGCCAGAUGGUGACGAAGUGGCCAUCGACCUCGUUCACGGAUGCCUCGAGAAGGACAUCGAUUUGAGAUUGACGAUUAGGGAUGUUCUUGGAAGUCCGUGGUUUGAUGGGUUUGAAGAAGGGGGUGGGGACGAAGAACAUGAGGUGCGGAUGGCGGGUUGGGGAAAUUGA